CGUGUUUGGUUUGUUCCACUGUGUAUGUAUCUAUCAGCAUGGCGGCUUGCACGAGUUUUGAAGACGAACCGUUGAAAGUUGCAGUUGAAAUGGGCGUCACACUGAAAGUAAAGGAAAAUCACGCAACUCCAGAGAAGACGGACACCUUCUACAAUCCUAAGAUGAGAAUGAACAGAGAGAUGGUCCUGUGCGCACUUGCUACCAUGGCUGAGGAGAAGGACCAGCUACGGUGUCUGGAUGCAUUUGGAGCCACAGGCAUUGAAGGGAUACUGUGGACCAAGUAUCUUAAAAGCAAGCAGCCUCAAGUGACCAUUGGAGACAUCAAGGAGGAAACAGUCUCUCUCAUCAGAAGGAACGUCCGGUCAAAUGGCUUCAGGGUCAAGACGGAAGACAAGAAACGUGUUGCGGACAGCCAAGAUGGAAGGACUAACAAUGAAGAGGGUUGUAGUAUUGAUGACAACAGUGCUGGAAGAAAAGAUGAAGAAGUGAUGAAGAAACCAGAGAUUGAAGUUGUGUGCUGUGAUGCCAAUGUGUUACUGCACCAGAGACCUUUUGAUUUUGUGCACCUUGAUCCCUAUGGCUGUUCCGUACAGUACUUAGAUGCUGCCUUCCGAAAUGUCCCAAAGGACGGCAUCGUGGCUGUAACGUCCACAGACACCAGUGCCGUGUACGGGAAAUGCCCAAACGUCACCCAGAGACACUAUAAUGGCUACAUUACCAGGAGCGAGUUCAUGAGAGAAAUGGCAGUCCGGUUAAUUCUUGCAUCUGUUGUCAGAGCUGCAGCCAGGUGUAACAAAGGUGUAGAUGUUCUCCUCUCCCUGGUGGCGGAACAUUUCCUCCUGGUCAUCGUGAGAGUCCAGCGGGGUCCGUCCUACGCUGAUGCGUGUCUGGAGCGUGUGCAGGGGGUCAUCCAUUGUCAGCUGUGUCAGGAGAGGGUCUUCCAGCCCAACGACAGGAUGUUAAAUGAGAACAGCUACACAUUUCUGCCCUGCACCUGCCAUGCUGGGACACCUGGUAAGACUGCUGCGCUGCUGGGACCAGUGUGGAGCGGCCCUGUCUUCAACCUGGAGUUCCUGAAGAAAAUGUUUUUAACUUGUAGAGGCUUGCUUGUGAGUCCAACAACAAGAAACCACCUGAAAACUAUGAUUCAAGAAGCCCAGUGCCCGGCAGGAAAAAGUGAGGAAGACUUGGACGAUAACUGUCAAGAAGCUGAAGAGAACCCAUGGAAGAAGAGAAAAACAGAUGGAGAGCAUGGGGAACCACACCCACCCUUCUACUACAACAUCCACAGACACUGUGCUAAAAGCAAGGACUCCCCAAAGAUGCAGAAAAUUCUGCAGUAUAUGCGGAAGGAAGGCUACCGAGCAAGCCGGACACAUUUUGAUCCCGUUGCGAUCAGAACGGACGCCACCCUGCUUCAGCUCAAGGCUGUUCUGCAGAAGUACAGCAACCAAACUGUUAACUGAGCACCUGGUUGUUAGGCCUAGGGUAAAGAAUGUUGUGUUUCCUGUUUCAGUCCUGAAAAAAUUAGGGUUGGUAGGCAUGAGGACACUGCCUUUCAAUGUCAAACUUGAAUGUUGUGCAUAAUAGAUAUAUUUAUCCUUCAUUAGAUAGUACAAGCAGUGUUUUACUUCAAUUAUAGGAAGUAGACUGAAUGAAAAUUCUAACUGGAAGCUAUGUAACUCCACUGCCCACCCAAAAAAAGUCUGGGGUCAGCAGGUUUUUUAGGGUAGGUAGGGAAACAGGAAACACAAAAUUUUUUCCUAGGGCAUACUAUCUACAUUCCAUUAAAAAAACUGAAAAAAAACUACGUUCACGUUCAACGGAAUGUCUGCUCACAAUAUGUUAACUGUUCUAUAUUCUGGAUACAUUAUAAAUAAGAGACAAUAUAAAGCAGUCUGUGUAAAAAUGUUUUUUAUUCAUGUUCAAAUUUGGGUUGGGAACCAUUGGUUGGAUGACAGUACAUGUAUACACCAUGUAUUCAGAUGAGAAAAUAAAUUACUAGUACUUUC